UUAUUUUGCAAGGUCAAAGGUCAAUGCCGCGAAUAAACACGUUCACAACGGAAGGCUGAAAGCUUGGCGAGGAUGGGUAAGAGGAGGGGGAAGAAGAAGAAGAAGCGAGUCAAGAGCGAGAUAGAGCGUUGCACGGGUCACGAGUCGGGCCCGGAGACGACUACGGGGCGGGAACGGAGGGACAGCGGUCAAGAAGACAGCUGUAGUCCGGCAUGGAACAGUUUGGACGAAGAAAGUCUCGCAGACUACGCCGAGAACGCGGCGGCUGGUGAGUCGGGCGGAGAAGUAGAGGUGGCCAAGCUCCUCUCCUUUCUCAACUUCUCCGUCAUUCCCUGCGCGUUGGAGCCGUACAACUUAGAGUGUGAGCUGCCGCACGCGCCAAGCGGAGGGGGCCCGCCGACGGACGUGGACUUGUUGUCCGAGCUGACCUCUGCCACUCACCUGGAGAGAGAGGAGGACGCCCGGGAGGGAGAGACGGAGGACGCCAGAGGGAAGAGGAGGAGCAGGAAGAGAGCCUCGCACCGUCGUCCGAACAAACGCGCGAAGAAACUGCGCAGCAGCGUCGGCCCAGCUAGCCUCGCUGUGGCGGCGGGCGAGUUCAUGUGCCUGUGCCACUUUGUGCGGGCUGGCGGCGAGGAGCGGCUGGAGGAAGAGAAGAAGAGGACUAGAAACGGCGCUUUCGCGGCGGCCUUGCCUCGUGACACGGUCGUGAGCAUGAACUCCGGUGGUUACUAUUGCGAGCGUUGUUACGGGAGAGGGGGGAGGGGAAAGAGAGGAAGGAGAAGGAGCAGAGAAGGGAGGUUCGACCCGUUGGCUCGGGCCGCGGCAGUGGGGAGGUGGAGUGCGGGGAGAGGCAGGGGGACCAGGUCUGAGAGCUCCACUCCAGUCAACCUCCCCACACACUCCAUGCCCCAGCACUCCCUCGUGGAAAUGGAGUGCGAGAACGGAGAUUUUUCCAACGACACUUCUGCAACAGGCGAGGUGGACAUGGGGGCGGAGCCUGAUGACUCUGACCACACCCCUCCAGCCGAGUCCUCGCCUGGCGAUCUGUACGAAGGAGAGAGGGAGGAGGAAGAAGAAAGUGAGCUUAGCGACACAACAACUGACAGUGGUUGUGAUGGAGAUGAUGAAGAGAGCAGUGUGGAGAGAGUCGGCAUGGCACUGUCUGGGUGGUGGGAGAGGGAGCCCCCGUUCGUUAGCAGUAACGAGGACUCAGACUCCGAAGAGGAGAAACUAACAAGUAUCCUAAAUGGAGCGUUUCCCCACAUGUCUCCAGCCAAAGGCUCCAAAAACCCACCAUCUCUCAGAGAAAGACUGAGUUUAUCUUCACAGUUCAAACACCCCGGGAAAUUUGGUGUCCGAGGGAGAAGUGUGAAGAAGAAACGCUGCAAGCCGUCACAGACUGCCACCAAUCACCUAACACCGGCCGAAGUGAACUCAAAGAUAUCUGCGUUUGUUGAAGACGAGACUGAGCGAGACGGCGUACGGGCUCCACUGUGACGUGGAGCAGCAGAAGAGGAGGUUGCCAGUAGCCAGCCCGAGACUGAGAAAGACUCCCUUCACGCGACUGGCGAGCUGGUUUGAGGUGGAACCAAUUCUCAAGACACACCACUCCCCUGGACACAUUCUGUCGUUCCCCUGUUCCAGCGACUCUGUGAUGGACGACGUGUCGUCGGAAGGGGGCGUGGUAGUUGGGCGAGGUGUCCCUGUAAUUGACGAGACUAAUGUGGGGAACCGGAUGUUGCAGGGAAUGGGAUGGAGACCUGGAAUGGGUCUCGGACCUGAUGGCGGUGGUAUUCGUGAACCCAUACAUGCAUUUGUCAGACCCAGACGCAGUGGCUUAGGUUUCUAACCACACCCUCUCUGUAUAGUAUUGUAUGUUUCAUCAUCAUUACAUCAUACAAUGAAAAGCAUUAAAGUGCAAACCCUCGGCACACUCUAUAGAAAUGUGGAACCCAUACACAAGUGUGGCACCACCACAAUUGAUGGUCUUGACCAUGCAUCAAAAAGAACAGCAUGUUAUGCACCAUUUGUUGAAAAAAAAAUGGCCAGCCCUAUUUCUGUUUGAGGCCCAAAAAAUUAAUAAGGUUGAAAAAUUGCCAACCUUUCAUCUCUCUAUUAAUUUUCGUAUUAC